UUCAACUUUUAACUGGUUUGAUUAAUCUUUUCUUUCUUGGCUUCACUCAUGUGUGCUGAUUGAAGGAAAAAAAUUAUGGAUCCUGUGUGUUUUGUAGCUUCUGUUGAUAUCUCACUGUUUUUUGAAAUGCAUUUUUUCCUUGUGUGUUGUGGGAAAGUAAUAGAAAAUGAUAGAAUUUUGGGCUAGAAAUUUAUGUGCCGUUUUGUUUGUUUCUUUUCUCGGAAAGAACGAGAAGAGGAAAAGGAAAAUUUUAGAAAAUCGCUCUCCUGGCUUGAGAAAUUUAGGCAUCUUGGGAACUAUAUUGGUGGGAAAAUGUUUUCUGUAUUUAUUUAUUGAUUCAAACUCGGGAAACAAAUGUUGUAUCUUAGAUUGAAGCUAGAAAAUUGCAGAUAAUCAAAACUAAUCAGGUUUAAUUGGCGAGGGUCUAUUCAAAUUCAAGUUCUCUUUUUGACAAUUUUAUUUGCAAUUGCUCAAAGUUCGUGUUGUGGCUUGGCAGAGUUUGGAGUUUCAGCUUUGAGAAUCUUUAGAGUCAAAGGAAGUCUGUACCUGAGACAAGCUUCAAAGGCAGAUCUAUGGACUUUGAGCAAUAUUUUGCCCGGGAAUGGAAAUCAGUUUCUAGUGCAGCAACUGGCUCGGAAAGUUUUAAUGGUUGCUUUGAUUGCAAUAUCUGCUUCGACUUUGCACGUGAGCCAGUGGUCACCCUUUGUGGGCACCUGUACUGCUGGCCCUGUAUCUAUAAAUGGCUCCAUGUCCAGAGUGCCUCUCUUGCUUCUGAUGAGCACCCACAAUGCCCAGUCUGCAAGGCUGAUAUAUCUCACACCACCAUGGUCCCCCUUUAUGGCCGUGGUCAAGCUGCAGUUGAAGCUGAGCUCGAGGGAAAAGCACCCUAUAGGGGCAUGGUCAUACCUCCUAGGCCGUCAGCUUAUGGUACGCAAGCUUUGGUAUCUAGUACAUCUCCAACUGGUCAGCAGCUUCCAUACCAUAAUCCUUAUCAAAAUCAUAGCUAUAAUCCUGAUCCAUACAGCAGUUUUGAAGAGGCAUCAUCAUCACCUCUAGUUAAUCUUGGAGGCACCAGAGUGACUGGAUUCCACCACCCAUUUGUUGGGAUGUUUGGUGAGAUGGUUUAUGCAAGGGUUUUUGGAAAUUCAGAGAGCUUGUAUACAUAUCCAAAUUCAUAUCACCCAAUGGCAAGUAGUAGCCCCAGGUUAAGAAGGCAGGAAAUGCAGGCAUACAAAUCAUUGAACAGAAUCUCAAUUUUCCUCUUCUGCUGCUUUCUUUUAUGUCUUAUCGUAUUCUGAAAGUAGAUUUUAGGCCAUUAACCAUUGUGCGUCUUGUAUACUUUGUAAAAAGCAUCGGUUGUAAGGUUAUGAAACAUCAGUAGAAUGAGAUAUAUGUAUAUGCGGUAUAUUAGAAAUUUAAUAUUAAAACGUAUGCCAUUUUGUC